UAACUAUUUUCCAUUUCAUCAGAUGUAUCCAGAAAACAUUACGCCUGAGAAUCAAGCUUUUGUAAGUGAAGUCAUUGCCAACCAGUAUUCUUCGCCGUUAAAAUCUGACCCAUGGGAGAGAGGGCAGUGGACUGAAAAAGUGCGUAGAUGUGGUGUCAUUGCUCGCAAAAUUGGAAUUUAUCCUAUGUGGAAGAAGGAUGGAACUAGACUUUUAACAACCUUACUUCAGGUAUCAGAUAAUCACGUGAUAAAAUAUAUUCCUCCAGAAGAAAUGGCUACUAGCUACUUUAACAAGAGAACUGGUAAUGUCGCUGGUCUUGUUGUUGGUGCAGAUUCAAUAGACCCAAGGGAGGCAACGAAGGAAUUUCAGUCCCUGUUUGUUGAAUCUGGUGUUUUGCCCAAAAGAAAGGAAAAUCGUCCAAGUUUGUCAUCAGUCCAAGUGCAAAGUUAGCGCGGGUACCCCGCUGUAU